CAAUUCAGUCUCUGUUUAUAUGGUAUCAGAGCGUAAGAAUCCAAAGACCUAAAAUUUUUUGGCCGCCUCCUUCUCCUCUUCUCCUCUUCUUCGAUCUCUUUAUCUCUUCUUCCUCUAACCCUUCUUUCUCAAGUAUCAUUGAUACUCGGCCAUGUCAACCACCACCGAACUUGUUGUCACCGGUGCCUCCUCUCUUUUGAAUGUCAACAUGUCAAAUGUGACCAAGCUCACGGCUACAAACUUCUUGAUAUGGUAUCGUCAAGUAUAUGCCCUGUUGAAUGGGUAUGACCUCGCCGGAUAUCUCGACGGCUCUGUCCCUGCACCAGAACCAACGCUCACCGUUAAUGGCGUUGUCUCUGCAAAUCCAGCUUCCAAGCAUUGGAUGCGACAAGAUCAAUUGAUCUACUCCGGCCUUAUUGGGACCAUAUCACCCUCUGUUCAGCCUCUCUUGUCCAAGGAGAAGACCUCUGCUCAGAUUUGGACCACUCUCUUCGACACAUACGCGAAGCCCAGCCGUGGACAUAUCAAAGUGUUACGUGAGCAGCUGAAACAAUGGAAGAAAGGUACUAAAACGAUUGAUGAGUAUUUUCAGGGUCUCACUACUCGGUUUGAUCAGUUGGCUUUGCUUGAGAGUGAAAUCCUACAUGAAGACCAAAUUGACUAUGUUCUUGGAGGUCUCCCUGAUGACUACAGGCAGGUCAUUGAUCAAAUAGAGGGUCGUGACACUACACCAACGCUGACCGUAAUCCAUGAGAAGCUUAUUAAUUAUGAGUUGAAGCUUCAAACGAUGGCUGCUGCCUCCUCCUCUACUCCAGUCACCGCCAACGCUGCCUACAAAAAUUCUGGCCACAACAACAACAACUCCCGCAAUCACAAUCGCUCCGGCUACCGAGGUAAUCAACCAUGGCAACAACAAAAUAAUAGCAACAACAACUCACGUGGCUCCGGGAGAGGCUAUCAAGGGCGGUGCCAAUUGUGUGGUGUCCAUGGUCACAGUGCACGGACCUGCAAACAACUACACUCAUCUGGUGGAGGUUAUCAGCCAUCCAACGUUGGCUACCCGUCGUCAAACUCUGGCUAUCAGCCGUCUCCAAUACAGCCAUGGCAACCAAGGGCCAACGUUGCGAUGGUCCCGCCGUACAAUCCAGCAAACUGGAUUAUGGAUUCUGCUGCGACACACCAUCUGACAUCCGAUUUGGCUAAUCUCUCCAUGCACCAGCCAUAUACUGGAGGAGAAGAGGUCACAAUUGCUGAUGGUUCCGGGCUUCCAAUUUCUCACACUGGUUCAGCCUUACUCCCUACACCGUCUCGCUCUCUUGCUCUUAAAGAUAUCUUAUACGUACCUAAUGUUAGCAAGAAUUUGAUAUCGGUUUAUCGGAUGUGCAAUACUAAUAAAGUUUCUGUGGAAUUCUUUCCUGCACAUUUUCAGGUGAAGGAUCUCAGCACGGGGGCCAAGUUACUCCAAGGGCGAACUAGAAAUGAGCUAUAUGAGUGGCCGGUUGAUCAUCAUUCCAUAACCGGGUUUUCAGCUUCACCGACACCGAAAACCGACCUCUCUUCUUGGCAUUUUCGACUUGGGCAUCCAUCUUUACCUAUUCUAAAAGCUGUUGUUUCGCAAUUCUCUUUACCUCUUUCACAUUCUUUACAAAAACAGUUAUCUUGUUCGGACUGUUUCAUCAAUAAAAGUCACAAAUUACCAUUUUACACAAACACCAUUGUCUCUCACCAACCUCUUGAGUAUCUUUAUUCUGACGUUUGGACAUCUCCAAUGGUUUCUGUUGACAAUUUCAAAUACUACCUUAUUCUUGUUGACCACUUCACAAGAUACACCUGGCUAUACCCUCUAAAGCAAAAGUCCCAAGUCAAAGAUGUUUUUGUGGCGUUCAAAGCGUUGGUGGAGAAUCGAUUUCAAUGCCGUAUUCGUACAUUAUACUCGGAUAACGGUGGUGAAUUCAUUGGACUACGACCAUUUCUAGUCGCUAAUGGCAUUAGUCACCUUACGUCUCCGCCACAUACGCCGGAACACAACGGUAUCUCCGAGAGGAAACACCGUCAUGUUGUCGAAACAGGCCUCACCUUGCUUGGUCAUGCUUCGGUUCCGAGAUCAUAUUGGACAUAUGCAUUUGCAACAGCAGUUUAUUUGAUCAAUCGUAUGCCCACGGAUGUGUUACAAGGUGUGUCUCCUUAUGCGAAGCUUUUUCAACAGCCUCCUAACUAUUUGAAACUGCGGGUAUUUGGUUGCUUAUGCUUCCCGUGGAUUCGCCCAUACACGACGAACAAGCUUGAGAAUCGUUCAACACCAUGUGCGUUUCUAGGCUAUUCACUUACGCAAAGUGCGUAUCUCUGUCUUGACAUAAAGACUGACCGGAUAUACACUUCGCGACAUGUCCAAUUUGUGGAGACAAGCUUUCCGUUUGCACCAUCUUCGGAUCUUGCUGAAUCUUCAACGGAACUCACGCCACAUAUAGCUCAUUCAAGCCCCUCGUGCUCGGUCCUUCACCCGUCGCAGCCUCCAGCCCCGCCACCUACCACGCCGCUGUCAUCCUCUCCGUCCGCAACUCUGCCACCGUCACCACCGGAUCAUUUUCCUGCUUCAUCGUCGACAAAUUUAGGUUCGAAUUCUCAUCAACCUGACACUCAUUCUCUCCACAGCCCCGACUUAUCUGAAACCCAACAACACUCACAAAGCCCAAUAAAUCCAAGCCCCAUAAAUUCAAGCCCAAUAAAUCAAAGCCCACUCCAACAGUCCACCUCAAAUAGUCCCGAGACCACAAAUUCGUCACCUUCCCCAAACCACUCACACUCAUCAUCUGCUACAUCAGAAUCCCCGUCACCACCUCAAAAUCCACAGCCCGUAAAUCAACCACCAAAUCCACAACCACAAAAUACUCACCCGAUGAGAACCCGAGCCAAGAACAACAUCACUAAACCCAAAACCAAAUUAAGUCUUAUGGCAGCAAAGGAAAUUGAUCCACUUAGAAUUCCAUCGACGGUGGCAGAAGCACUCAAAUAUGAUCAUUGGCGACGUGCUAUGUCAGAGGAAAUUGACGCUCAACUACGUAACCAUACAUGGGAAUUAGUACCACCUACGACGGCUCAAAAUAUAAUCACGUGUAAGUGGAUUUUUACUAUUAAAUUUUACCCUGAUGGUUCAAUUGAAAGGUAUAAGGCGAGGCUGGUAGCGAGAGGUUUCAAUCAGCAAUACGGGUUGGACUAUUCGGAGACGUUUAGUCCUGUUAUCAAAUCAACGACAGUUCGCAUUGUUCUGGAAGUUGCGGUUAAGCGGAAUUGGAGCAUCCAUCAGGUUGAUAUAAAUAAUGCUUUUCUUCAGGGGACUCUAAAAGAAGAAGUUUAUGUCUCCCAGCCACCGGGUUUUAUCGACAAAGAUCGCCCACAAUUUGUAUGUCGUUUGAAGAAGGCGUUAUACGGUCUCAAACAGGCCCCUCGUGCUUGGUAUCAAGAACUUAAAACCUACCUUUUACAAGCUGGUUUUAAGAACUCGCUUGCCGACACGUCAUUAUUCAUCUAUCAACGGGGCUGCGAUGUGAUCUACGUACUUGUUUAUGUGGACGAUAUCAUCAUUGCGGGUACGACGUCUCUUGUCACUGCCUUUAACAAAUCCUUGGCUGCUCGGUUUUCCCUAAAAGAUCUAGGGGCGUUGAGUUACUUCUUGGGUAUCGAGGCGACAAGAACAUCCAAAGGCUUACAUUUGAUGCAACGCAAAUACAUUAUCGACCUUCUCACGAAGACGAAUAUGUUAGAAGCCAAACCAGUCUCCACACCAAUGUCUCCUUCUCCGAAACUUACUCUUUGUUCGGGUCAAACUCUCGAUGAUGCUAAAGAAUACCGAGCAGUGAUUGGAAGUCUUCAAUACUUAGCAUUCACGAGACCGGAUAUCGCAUUCGCGGUGAACAAAUUAUCGCAGUUUAUGCACAAACCGACGGAUGAACAUUGGCAAGCGGCAAAGCGUAUUCUCCGAUAUCUCGCUGGCACCAAGUCUCAUGGUAUUUUUAUGCGUUCCGACACGCCUCUUACUCUCCAUGCCUUUUCAGAUGCAGAUUGGGCUGGAGACCAGAAUGACUACAUAUCUACCAAUGCAUAUAUCAUAUAUUUUGGCGGCAGCCCGGUUUCUUGGUCAUCUAAGAAACAACGAAGUGUCUCACGCUCCUCGACGGAAGCUGAAUACCGUUCGGUAGCUAAUACAGCGUCUGAACUCCGCUGGAUUUGUUCAUUGCUCUCGGAGAUGGGGGUUCAUUUACCGAUGGCACCCGUCAUUUACUUCCGGUGCGCUUCGGGUCUCACAUGUUUCCACAAAGGACCAGCUCGCUGACUCGCUUACAAAACCAUUACCUCGACCACGGUUUCAAGAACUUAAUAACAAGAUUGGAGUCAA